ACCGGCCCCCGGGACCCCACGCUGCCGCUGGCGGGGACAGGGGACACCGGGCCCGAGCCUCGGGACCCCACAUGGGACGGGGACACACACACCGGGAGGGAUCCCAGGACGCCCACGCGUGGGGUUCGGUGGGCAGCCCCCCGCCAGGCCCCUGGCUGGGGGAUGAGGACACUGGCAGCACCCCCGCCUACCGCGGCCUCAGGGGUUUUUGGGGGGCCCCGGGGCUCGGGCCGCUGCCCCCCCGUCUCCCCUUCCUGCCGCGGGGGUGGAGGGCGGAGGUGUGAGGGGGGAAGGCGCUCGGUGAGCCGACAUCACUCCAUUUUAAGGGCUUUUUGGGUUUCGGCGGCGCUGAGUGGCGCGGCCGUCCCCACAGCCUGCUCACCGGGGAUAUAAAAGCCGCCGGGGUGGGACGGCGAGCUCUCACCCGCCAUCACCCGCUGUCACCCACCAUCGCCCUCUCGAGUGGGCUCGCCAUGGCUGCCGCCUUCCUCUUGGUGCUGGUGGCGGUGGGAGCGGCGCAGGCCACGGUCCCCGAGCCCUGCCAGGGUGGCCCCGCAUCCUGGUGCCAGGACAUGGCCACGGCCACCCAGUGCGGCCGGGAGCAGUACUGCCGCAACCUCUGGGACAGCCUGUGGGAGAUGGCUGAAGAUGACAUGAUGGAGCUGGGCAAGGGGAAGAAGUGCAGCCUGUGCACCAAAAUCCUGGGGCAGAUAAAGGCGAUGGCAGGUGACGACCCCGACGAGGAGGCGGUGCAGGCGGUGCUGGGCAAGGUCUGCCGGACCGUGGGGAAGCGCCUGGGCCGCUUCUGCAAGGUGCUGGUGAAGAAGUACCAGGAGCAGAUCAGCGACGCGCUGCAGAACGGCGACCAGCCCAAGGACACCUGCGCCACCAUGGGCUUCUGCAAGGCCUGAGCCUGGGCUCAGCCCUGCAGCCAGCUCCGAGUGCCGCCUUCCGAACCCCGACUGCCCUCCCAGCCCCACCUGCUGCCGCAGCCCCCGGCCCCCCCUCCCCGUGCAAUAAAGCAUCUCGCCCUG